CCGUCAACCCCGCAGCAGGAUCGACCGGAAACUUCGAUUGUGACAUCCUGACCCGUCAAACAAGAUUCAACAGUCAACCCACUUUUUGCCGACUAUCUCGCUUAUAGCGAACAUUGAAGUCAACCUGCGACUUGAAUUGUACGCCCUUCGAAACAUUUGAUUCACCCUCUCCCCGACUACAGCAGACGUGGACUUCCGAGUCAGAUCCUUGACCAUCAGAGCGCCAACCUCCCGCUUCGUGGUUCCAGAUGCCACCGGACCAGGCCGAAUCGAGCAUAGAGUUACAUCUGACCUUGUUUGUCUCUGCCUAUAUUUGUGAGACUGCGGUUGGUCUCUGUGGACACGAUGAUCCCUCGGCCAUCGAGCAGAGACGAUUUUCAAAUCGCUAUUAUUUGUGCCCUGCCGGCUGAAUAUGACGCCGUUUAUGACAGUUUCGAUGAUCGGUGGGAUGAGAUGGGGAAGGACCUCGGAAAAGCUCCAGGUGACCCUAACCGCUAUGUUACUGGCCUCAUGGGUGAUCUAGCCGUCGUUCUCGUCCUCUUGCCGGGAAUGGGUAAGGCCAAUGCUGCUAGUGCCGCGGCUAGUCUCCGCUCCAGCUACAGCAACUUGAAGUGGGCUCUUCUGGUUGGUAUCUGCGGCGCCGUGCCACAGGUAGAUGGCGCUGAGGUCUUACUUGGAGACGUUAUUAUCAGCAGAUAUGUGGUCCAAUACGACUUCGGCCGACAGUACUCCGAUGAGUUCGUGCCGAAGAAGACCAUCGAAGACACCCUCGGCAGGCCAAACAAAGAGAUUCGAGUUUUGAACGCAUUGCUGGAAACCCGGUCUGGCCGUGAUGAAUUGGAGAAAAGAACGGCAGAAUUUCUCCAACGGCUACAGGCCAAGGUUGCAAAGACGAAGUAUCGAGGCGUCUACGACUAUCCCGGGACAACAAAUGACAAGCUCUUCAAGAAAGGCUACCGCCAUAAGCACCAAGACCCAAAUGACUGCAAUAUCUGCGGGGCCUGUUCCAGUCAUGUUGAUCCAGUAUGCCUGAAAGCGCUGGAACACACCUGCGCGGAGCUCAAAUGUUCAGAUGUGGGGGUUGAUGCUCGGGGGGAGCGGUUCCAAGAGAGAAAGCAACUGGAGCAACAGGACAGUGUUGCCGCUCAGGCGCCGGUUGUAUUCAUGGGAGGGAUUGCCUCAGGAGACAAGGUCAUGAAGUCUGCCCAACACCGAGAUAGCAUCUCACAGUUUCACAAAGUCAUUGCGUUCGAGAUGGAAGGCGCCGGGAUGUGGGAUGAGAUGUCCUGCAUUGUGGUCAAGGGAGUCUGUGAUUAUGCAGAUUCACACAAGCAAAAGAACUGGCAAAACUUUGCGGCAUCUACAGCAGCCUCCGCGUCAAAGGCUCUUUUGGCGGGCUACUUCCAGGUGAAUAAAGUCAAAGGGCAGAACUCUGGCCUACGGAGCUACUACAUUCCACCUGCUAAAAAUGACAUGUUUGUGGGGCGCGAGGAUGUGAUCAGUUCACUCACAGAACUGCUUUUCAAUAAAGGAACCAAACGGGUCGCCUUGGUCGGAUUGGGUGGGAUUGGGAAGACCCAAGUGGCUUUGCAAGUCGCAUUCUGGGCAAAAGAGAACAUGCCCGACUACUCUGUCUUCUGGAUGUCUGCUCUGAGUAGCGCAAGUUUCGAGCAGGCAUGUGGUGACAUGGCAAAGAACCUUGGCAUUUCUACGACUGAUGAGGACAUCAAAGAGACAAUUCGAACAUAUCUCAGUUCGGGAAAGGCAGGGAAAUGGCUUCUUGUCCUUGAUAAUGCAGACGAUGAGACUAUUGUGUAUCAGUCCUCGGACCGAUCUCGCAGGAUCCUCGACUUCAUUCCACAGAGCGAUGACGGGCGCCUUCUACUUACAACACGCUCACGAAAGGUUGCCGUCAAGAUUGCAAGAAACAAGGUGAUCAAGUUGCCUCCGAUGAGUUUUCACGAAGCUAGGGAUCUACUGGAGGAGACUUUGAGCGACACAGACCAAUUGGAGGACCAGGAACUAGUCACUAAGCUUCUGGAAAAGCUCACUUACCUCCCUCUGGCGAUUGCGCAGUCGACAGCCUAUAUGGAGAUUCAUAAGGUGUCAGUCGCAGAAUAUCUCAGACUCUGUGAGAGCACAAGUCUAGACAUGAUCCAGUUGAUGAGCGAGGCUUUCCUUGACGAUGCUCACUAUACUGAAAGCCAAGGUGCGGUCGCGACUACUUGGUUCAUAUCAUUCAAGCACAUCCAUGAGACGAAUGCCUCUGCUGCACAUCUUCUGUCGUUUAUCACAUGGAUUGAGCCAAAGGCGAUUCCCCGGUCAAUGCUGCCCAGCCUCGGGUCCGAGCAAGAAAAGACGCAGGCAAUCGGCACACUCCGCGGAUAUGGUUUCCUUAGCGAAAGAGAGGAGGAAGGCGUAUUCGACAUGCAUAGUUUGGUGCACUUGGUCAUGCAGUCAUGGACCUAUAAGCAGGGAGCCGACGACAAAACGAAGACGGAUGUGCUUAUGCACCUUACUGACGUUUUCCCAUCCCCUGAUUGGGAGAAUCGAGAGUUGUGGCGGCAAUACAUGCCACAUGCCCUCAGUAUAUUUCGGGCAUACGAAGGAGUUGAUGCAUCAAAAGGCACUAAAUUGGGUCGUCAGCUAGGGUGCUGCUUGUAUGAGGAUGGUCGGAUAAGGGAGUCAGUCCAGGUGCUCAAGUGGGUCACGGAGAUGGAUGAGAUAUCAUUAGCAGAUGACGACCCUGAUCGACUUACCUCACAGCAUGAGCUUGCAAGGGCAUAUCAAUCUAACGGGCAAGUCAAAGAGGCACUCGAGCUACUGCAGCAUGUAGUAGCGAUACGGGCGAUAUCGCUAGCAGAGGAUCACCCUGAUCGCCUUGCCUCACAGCAUGAGCUUGCAAUGGCAUAUCAAGCCAACGGGCAAGUCAAAGAGGCACUCAAGCUACUGCAGCAUGUAGUAGCAAUACAGGCGAUAUCGCUAGCAGAGGAUCACCCUAAUCGCCUUGCCUCACAGCAUGAGCUUGCAACAGCAUAUCAAUCUAACGGACAAGUCAAAGAGGCACUCGAGCUACUACAGCAUAUAGUAGCAAUAGAGGCGAUAUCGCUAGCAGAAGAUCACCCUAAUCGCCUUGCCUCACAGCAUGAGCUUGCAACAGCAUAUCAAGCCAACGGACAAGUCAAAGAGGCACUCGAGCUACUGCAGCAUGUAGUAGCAAUACAGGCGAUAUCGCUAGCAGAGGAUCACCCUGAUCGCCUUGUGUCAGAAAAAUUUCUGCAAUCGAUGUUGUGAUGUUUCUGUCAGUCACAUGGUAGUUUUGGUAUAGUCAGGGUCUUCGCCUACUAGGUUAGUUCUUGGGGUGGCAGAUGGGCCCAAGCCUCACGCCCAUCCUUUCCCUUUCUUCAAUUUGGGCGCCCUUUAUCUUGUCCUUUUCUACUGCCCAAUUUGUCCCAGUAGCUCCUGACGCUCUUCGUCCUCAUUAAGUGUUUGCAUUUCAAUGCGCCAUGUCAAGUAUUUCUAGGAGCUACUUUAACUCUCCCAUCCCUUGGCCCCGCAUAACUGAGCGUUCCGUUAACUUCGGUCUUGGCGACAAUUUCUUCUUUCUCUUGAGCCCGGUCUACACUAAGUGCAUCUCCCAACAACGAAAUUCUACAUUUUUGCGUAAGACGAGAACCAAUAAAUAGGUGUUAUUUCAUAAUAGGCAAGAUUUUAUACCCU